AUGUCGGAAGAAAAGAUUAUAUUAAAUAUUGGAGGAAUAAAGUAUGAAACUCUUCGGUCAACACUCACUUCUCAACCAGAAACAUUACUUGGAAAAAUGUUUCAAAAACAUAAUGAAUACAUUAAAAAUUCAUUUAAUGAAAAUGAAUAUUUUUUUAACCGUAAUGGUGAAGCAUUUUACUAUAUAAUGGAAUUUUAUCGUACUGGAAAGUUUUUAUGGCCUACUGAAAAUAAAGAGUUAAAAGUCACUCAUCAACAACUUAAAGAAGAACUUGAUUAUUUUCAAAUAAAUAAAUCAAGAGCAUAUUCAUCGUUGGCAUCAGAAGCUGUUAAAAGUACAAUUGAUCGAUUCAUUUUAAGCCUUGAAGAAUUAGUUGUUAAGCAUUAUAUAAGCUUUAAAAAUAGAAUUUUUUUAUUAAUUGGAUCUGUGAGUAUUGUUAUAAACCACGAUCAAUUAGAUCAUAGUCUUAUCCAAUUUAAAGAAUGUGCUUACAAUAUCCUGAAUAAAAUGGAAAAGCGGAUUGAAAACCAUUUAGUUAAAACUUUUUCUGGAUUAGAACUAAAAUGGAAAUGUGAACUAAGUUAUACUUUUACAGCGUACGAAAUCACUAUCACUUUUUCUUCUCCGAUUGAGAAAUUAUUAAAAUAUGAGAAUAAACAAGCACACCCUGCAUUCAUCCAAGCUCCAGUAAGCACAUCAGAAGAAAAGAUUGUUUUAAACGUUGGAGGCAAAAAGUAUGAAACUUUUCAAUCAAUUCUUGCAGUAAAACCAGAAACCUUACUUGGAGCGAUGUUUCAAGAUCGAAAUAAAUGUAUGAGACAUCCAGUUAAUGGAAAUGAAUAUUUUUUUGAUCGUAAUAGUGAAGCAUUUUAUUAUAUAAUGGAAUUUUAUCGAACUGGAAAUCUUCCAUGGCCCACUGAAUCUGAAAAGGUUACUUGUAAACAACUUGAAGAAGAACUUGAUUACUUUCAAAUUCCUUUUAAUAAAUCAACAGUAUCUUGUUCAUUCGCUUUAGAAACUGUCAAAAAUAAGUUUAAUAACCUUAUUAUUGCUUUUGAAGAAUUAAUCAUUUACUGUUGUAAAUAUCUUAGAAAUAAAAUUAUAUUAGAAGUUAGACAUGAUGAUAUUCGUAUAAUUGGUAAUGACUUGGUUAAAAAACAUUAUUUACAAGGUCAUUUACUAGAAAAAUUUUGUUCAACUAAACUUAAGCAUUUGAAUGCUUAUUAUAUUUUAAAUAAUAUGGAAAAGCAAAUUGGUGAUCAUUUAGUUAAAAUAUUUUCUGAAUUAGAUUUUAAAUGGGUAGUUAAUCGAGCUCAAGAUCACUUAAAAAUUUAUAUUACUUUUUCAAUCGAUGAUGUCUUUGAUGAAAUUUUAAAUGAUGGGUAA